GCAGUGCGCACCCUUAACCUCUGCUGCAACGUCAUGCUUAAUUCGCAUUUAUGUCGUUGACGUGUUAUUCCGUCCGUUUCAUACUGUCGGUUAGUAUAUAUUCCUGUUAAAUCUGAAACAUUCGUCAUUCGUAGUACUUCGAUUGAAGUUUAUUAUCAUCUUUCAAUUUGGCAACGUUGAAGAAGAAAUUGUUUUUGUGAUGCACGUAUAAAAAUUCAUAAAAACAAUAGGAGAGCGUAUUAUUGAAAGUGAUAUUCUUUUUAUUUUUUAUGUGAAAUGUUAAUUGUAAUACACCAAAGAUAUUCUUAAAAAUUUGGUUCAACGUAAUUUUAGUUUCUAUUUUAGAUUCUUCUCUUCAAACAUGGAAUUCCCAAAUUUAGGCGAGCAUUGUUCAGAAAACAGUUGCAAUCGAUUGGACUUUUUACCAUUGAAAUGUGAUGCGUGCUCUGAAAUUUUUUGUACAGAACACAUAUCAUAUAUCAACCAUAGUUGCCCAAGUGCUUAUAAAAAAGAUGCUCGAGUUCCAGUGUGCCCACUUUGUGAUACACCAAUACCUAUAAAACGUGGUGAUUCUCCAGAUAUUGCAGUUGGACAGCACAUUGACAGAGAAUGUCAAUCAGAUUUAAGAAAAUCUAGCCAAAAAAUUUUUUCAAAUAGAUGUUCAUCGAAAGGUUGCAAAAUCAAAGAAAUAGUUCAAGUGCAUUGCUCUGAUUGCGGUGAGAACUUCUGUUUGAAGCACAGACAUCCAACAGAUCAUGCAUGUAUAGGUCAUGAGGAAGCCAUUCGAAGGAAGAGACUUGAUACUUUAAAAAAUAAUGUACAAAUGAAUAGAAGAAAUGGUGAAAUCAUGAAAAGUUACCAAGGUAGUAUGAAUGAAGAUGAAGCUCUUGCGAGAGCUCUUCAGGCUUCCAUGUUGGAUGAAGAUGUAGCGGCUAGGCGAAGAACACUCGAGACUGUGCCUUCCGGAAACAGAGAUAGGUGUAGACUCUCUUAAAUUUGUCCCAUUUGUACAAUUUUUCUAAAUCCUUAAGGUACAUUGUCAAACUGCACAAGUAUAAACAAAUUGUUACUUCUUCAAAAGAUUCUAAUUUUUUUUAUUCGCGAUAACGAAUACAUUAAAAAUGUAACUCAUUCUCAGAAUGAAGUUGACUGCUCAAGGUUGUCAAGAGGUUAUUUACUCCCUCUUAUGUCAUUUUAUUUUACAUUCCUUCACGUAACUGUUUAAUCGCAUGAUUCUUAACUCUUGAAUAGAAAUAAUUUUAAAGUAGGAUUCGUAUUUCUGGUGUUAUUCAUAACAGGAAAAAUGUACUUGAGUUGAUUUUGUCCUGACAACUUCAGCUUUCCACUUCACUAUUUUACAGAAAACUUAUUCGUGUGAAUUUUGGAAAACUUCAGUAAGUAAUUGUAAAAGUUUCUUAAACUACAUUUCAUACUGAAGAGUAAAAUUAGAUUAAUACAUACCAUACAUGUCAUAAAAUAAAUACUAUGACUUCCAAUGAAACCUUAUAGUUUUAUUAGAAUUAUUUAAUGUUAUAAAUAAACCAAUUUAAUUAGUUCUGCAAUUUUUAUACUUUACUAUAUGUGUACUGAAACAUUUCGUCGCACUUUGUUGCAUUGUAAAUAUUUUCAGUCGAAAUGUUAAUAAUAUUAUACAUUAUUUCGCGUGUAUAUAAACUAUAAGAAUUAUACUUGUUGCACAAAAUGUAUAGUACAAAAUUGUUUGUGGAACUUAUGUUACGCGAUAUCUACAUUGUAAACAAUUGUAAAAAGAAGAUUAAUUUAAUGAUAUUAGUAAUCUUAUCUGUUAAAUUUGUGUAAAACUUUUAAAUUAUAUCAAAGGGACAUCCUCAAUAGAUAAGAAUGUAUUAUGAUAGUAGAUACAGCUUAUUGUUAAUUUUUAUCGAAACGUAUAUUUGUUUCGUUAUGUGACACAAUCGAUUUUUAGAUGCUUAGAAACUUUUAUGAAAUAAUAUGUAUUAUAUUUCUCAACUUAUUUAUUUUUCACCUCAAACAUAAUUCUAUCUGUAUUGUUAAGAUUAAUAUAACUAUAAAUGCAAUGUUAAUGUUAAUUGACAAUGAAAUAGAAAUAAAUUUGUAUAUUUAUCGAA